GCCAUUUUGUUUGUAUAUAAAGGGUGAGCCUUGGCAUGCGGCAUUAUCUUUGGUAAGAUGGGACACUCGUGCUGUGUGAAUGGCUGCCAUACUAAGUCACAUGAUAGACAUGGCAGAAAGGUGGACCUCAACAUGAGAUUUUUUCGGUUUCCCACUUGGAAAAGAGGGUAUGGACAGCAGGUAGAGGAGUUAACGGAGAGGCGUCGGGUGGCCUGGGUCGCAGCGGUGAGACGAAAGGAUAUCACAUUCAACACGAUAUCUCCCUUCAUGCGUGUUUGCUCUCGGCAUUUUCAUAAAGGACAACCAGCUUAUGAAAUGAUGGAGACUGACCCUGACUGGGCACCAUCCCUACAUCUGGGCCAUACAUAUGUUGCACCCACAGACACUGCUCGUGCUGAAAGACGAUGUAGACGCGAGCAGCUACGGAAAGAGAAGCUGCGAGCAGCAGAGGUGGUGGUCGAAAGGGAUGCAGGACUUAGAGAGAUAAAGGAAGAGGAUGUCACACCAGAGCCUGGUGAAGAAAGCAGUGAGCAACACACUGAGGAGGGGACACCUGGCACUGAAGAAGUUGGACAGCUACAUGCCAAAGAGUGGACACAUGAGGCAGGAGGAGGAAGUGAUGAGCUCACCACUGAGAACAAGAUACAGAUCACCAGUCACACCGUGACACAGACUGAAUGUGACUUGUGUGUGCUCAGGCGUGCAGAAAUAAACCGCCUAUUGGAAGAAAACAGAGCGCUGCGCCUUGAACUCCAUGAGUGCAGGAUAUCCGAUGGUUUCUUUGGAGACAAUGAUGAAAAAGUAAAGUACUAUACAGGUCUGCCAAACCUGGGAACCUUUAUGACAUUAUUCAAUUUUUUGGUACCUCUCAUGCAUGGUCAAAGGAAAAUUCUCACCCCAUUUCAAAUGCUCCUGUUAACUUUCAUGCGCCUUCGAUUGGAUCUGCCUCCACAACACCUAGCUCAUCUGUUUCGUGUUUCCCUAAAGACAGUGUACAGAACAUUCAAUGAAACAGUGUCAUUUUUACAUGCAAACUUGAAGUGUUCAAUUGUAUGGCCCGAUAGAGAGACACUGCACAAAAUUAUGCCUCAUGAGUUUGUGGAGGCCUUUGGACACAGAGUGGCAGUGAUUAUUGACUGUUUUGAGAUUUUAACUGAGAAAUCAUCAGAUCUGAAAGUGCGUGCCCAGAUGUUUUCCAGCUACAAGCACCACCACACUAUGAAAUACUUGAUAGGUAUUACACCCAGGGGGACCAUUUGUUUCUUAUCAAAAGGCUGGGGAGGGGGUACAAGUGACAAACAUAUAACCCUGAACAGUGGGUUUCUUGAUAAUCUCUUGCCUGGGGACAUUGUCUUGGCUGACAGAGGUUUUGAUGUAAAGGACCGUGUGGGCAUGUUGUGUGCAGAGGUCAAACCUCCAGCGAUCACAAAAGGCUGCUGUCAGUUAGCGGCUAGAGGUGUGGAGGAAACUAGAGAAAUAGCACAUUUGAGAGUCCAUGUUGAAAGGGUCAUUCGAAAUGUUUGUAAGAAAUAUAAAAUCUUAUCAGGAACCAUUCCCGUCACCAUGAUUCUUCCAUGUGAAGGUGAAGACGUCACAAUGCUGGAUAAGGUUGUCACUGUGUGCUCUGCCUUGACAAAUCAAUGCCCAGUUAUAGUUUAAGUUUACAAAGUACGGUUUUUAACGUUUGACAUGGUGUCUGGAAGGAUCUGUGUUCUGCUUGCCACUUUUAUUUUAAACAUGACCAAUAAAGUUAUGUCCGAUGAUA